AUGGGCCGCGAGCUCAACCCGCGGAUCGGGUCCUUCGACCUCAAGUGCUUCUGCGAGCUCCGGCCGGGCCUCAUCGGCUGGGCCGUGCUCAACGCGGGCAUGCUCUGCAAGCAGCGCGAGCUCGACGGCAAAGUCUCCGGCGCGAUGGUCCUCGUGAACGCGUUCCAGCUGCUCUACGUCUGGGACGCGCUCUUCUACGAGAAGGUCAUCCUGACGACCAUGGACAUCACGACGGACGGCUUCGGCUACAUGCUGGCCUUCGGGGACCUGGCCUGGGCGCGGUACCUCGUGCGCCACGACCCGGGGCUCGGGCCGGUCGCGCUCGCGGCGAUCGUCGCGCUCAAGGUCGUCGGCUACGCCGUCUUCCGCGGCGCGAACAACCAGAAGGACGCCUUCCGCCGCGACCCGGCGAAGGCCAUCGCCGAGGGCACGACGUUCCUCGACACGCGGCGCGGCACGAAGCUCAUCACGUCCGGCUACUGGGGCGCCGCGCGCAAGGUCAACUACACGGGCGACUGGCUCAUGUCCCUGGCCUGGUGCCUCCUCGCGGGCUUCGGCUCGCCCGUGCCCUACUUCUACUGCGCCUACUUCCUCGUCCUGCUCGUGCACCGCGCGCUCCGCGACGACCACGCGUGCGCGCUCAAGUACGGCGCGGACUGGCCCGAGUACAAGAAGAAGGUGCCCUACCUCUUCGUCCCCUUCGUCUUCUAG